AUGGAGCCCGCUAAUGAGCCACUGGGGCCAUCGGAGUUUGACGUUUACAACCGCUUGUCCAAUAUGAUGCAGACCUUCCACAACCACUUUCGUCGGACCUGGAAGCGUCUUCAAGAUUCCACAAUACCCCCUGUUGACGGCCCGCCAAAAAUGACGGAUGACCAGAUUCUCAGGGAAGGGCUUUUCUUCUGUUACCGUCUGACGAACCACCACAAUAUCGAAGAGAGGUCUCUAUUUCCAAUGCUGGCGCAGAAGAUGCCUGAAUUCAGGGGUGACAAUGCACUUCUGCUGGAACAGCACCGGGAGAUACAUCAUGGCCUCGAAGACUUGCAGCAAUAUCUAGAAAAAUGUCGAUCGCGCAAAACCAAGCUGGACCUUGCGAUACUGAGGAGCAAAAUGGAGCCUUGGGGCCAUGUCCUUUUACUGCAUCUGGACCUAGAAGUCGAAAUGCUGGGCGCGGAGAAUAUGAGGAAAUACUGGACGCGGGAGGAAAUGCUGGGAAUGCCUGUUUGA